AUGAUGGAUGAAAUUUCUGAUGUUCUCUCCGAUUUCCGCGAACAUGAACCGUACGAUCACUUAAAGGAAGCGAUCCUCAAGCGUACUGUGCGGAAAAGGAGGACAUUAUUCAAGAGAUUCUACGGAACGUCACCAGAGGUAACAAGACGUCAUCCCAGCUUCUCAGAAUCUGCAGACCUGGUUUUUGUGCAGUUUGACCACGGCGAGAACGCAGUUCACACCCCCGACACAGCAAAGCACGAACGCUACAAGCUGAGUGAGACAGAACGGGCAUCUCCCUGCGCCCACGGACAAGGAAACCGACCCCACCUCGAUAACGACGGAGACGAACCCCCAGCCGAGAACGGCGAAGCGACCGGGGCAUUUGUUGGUUUCAUCGCACAUUUGGCGAUGGAGCCAGGAACUGUAAACCUCCCUGUACACACCCGUCGGCACGGGGAAACGAACACAGGUGCGGCCAUCAGUGUGGUACCCUAUCAGAACGACUAUACCGCUAAGCCCACCCUGCUCAAACUACGAGCUGUGAAUGGUUCCGCGAUAGACACGUACUUACGUACCCUUACUCUGAAUGUCGGCAUGCGACGUGAUUUCACUUGGACAUUCACCGUGGCUAACGUGAAGAUACCCAUCCUCGGCGCGGAUUUCCUGGCGCAUUACGCACGUGCGGUCCAUAUGAACCCUAGGACCCUAUCCGACACGACUACGAAUCUCCGUGUCUUAGGUACGCCUACACGUCAAAGCUCCACAGGAAUCAGCGUCGCAACAUGCUAUGGUCGCGAGUACUUAGAUCUCCUGACACAGUUCACAGAUAUAACACUGCCACUCCAAGCCACUGCUUCAGGUGACCACCAAACUCAGCACCACAUCAGGACUAGAGGUCCUCCUGAACACUCCCUCCCGCGACGACUCGCUCCACAUAAACUGGCGUACGCCAAGGAACAAUUCGACAAAAUGCUGAGUGAUGUCAUCAUUCGUCCUUCCGAUAGCCCUUACGCAUCGUCACUGCAACACCUGCGAGAAGUCUUCCAGCGACUCUCGCACUACGGCCUGAAGUUGAUCCUGGACAAGUGCGUUUUCGGGGCGCCCAGUGUCGAUUUUCUCGGGCACCACACCGACGCUAACGGCAUAGCACCUCUGCCAGACAAGAUCCGAUCGAUCCGGGAUUUUCCUACACCGACGUCCAUCAAACAAUUGCGACGUUUCCUCGGUAUGAUUCAUCCCAAAUUGUGCUACUAUUCUCCAGCCACUGACGAACCUGCUGCAGAGAAGGAAUAA